AUGGCGUCAGUAACGUCCUUAGACAAGGAUCUGCGAAAGUUGCGCCUCGACAAGUAUACGCCCACUGCUGCGAAAGAGGUCAGCAGCUGGAUUGAGGGGGUUUUGGGAGAGAGGUUGCCUUCUGGUGACCUCCUUGACGGGCUGAAAGAUGGUGUCGCUUUGUGCAAAUUGAUUAACCUUGCGAUACCAUCACCCGGCGUCAAGUUCAAGAAGUCUGCGAUGCCUUUCGUUCAGAUGGAGAACAUUUCGCACUUUCUGCGCGCCUGCAAACAGCCCCCUCUGAACCUUCAAGACCACGACGUCUUCCUCACCGUCGACCUUUUCGAACAAAAAGAUCCUGCCCAGGUGCUGCAAUGCCUCGGAGCCUUUAGCCGUGCCGCACACGCAGCAAACCCGGCCAACUUCCCGUCGCCCAUCGGCUCCAAAACCCGCGGGGUGAUGAGCCCUCAAGGCACUGGGCGUGGAACCCCUUCGCCUACGAGAUCGCGCGGGUUGUCCAAUGCAUCUGGAUUCGGUUCCCCUCGGCCUAACCUAUCCAGUGCCAAGACUGGGGACCCGGGCUCGGGGAGAUGGAGUCCGACCAAGCCCACGUCUCCCGUUAGCAGCUGGAGUAGGAAGGAACAUGAAGGCGCCACUUCUCCAGCAUGGAACAUCGCUCAGUAUGGCUACAUGGGCGGUGCUAGCCAAGGAAACCUAGGCAUUUCGUUCGGAAGCCGGCGGCAGAUCACAAGUGCUGGCCCUUCUGUUCCUAGUCUUGCCGAGAAGGAAAAACGGCGAAAAGAUAAAGAAGUCGAGGAGGAUCGUCAGCGGCAACAGAUGGAGGAGCAUCGGCGUCAAAAAGAGGAAGAGCUCGAGCGCGAAGCUCAUCUGCGAGAAGAGCGAGAGAUUCAGCGUCUCGUGGAGGAGAAGCAAAGACAAGCCGAUCAAGAGCGACGCCAAUGGGAAGAGGAAGAGCGCAUGUGGAAGCUGACAGAAGAGAAGCGUCGCAAGGAGGAAGUAGAGGCCGAAACCCGCUUGGUCGAGGAACGAAACCGCGCCAGAAGCAAGAGUGAUGCUCGCCUGCGGGGACAAUUUCUCAGCCAGUACCAGUCGGAGCAGGGCAUCAAGCCCCAGAAGACCGGGGCUGACCGGAUUGCUGAGCUGGAGAAGGAGCUCGAAGAAGCUCGGGAGCGAGAAAGACGAUAUGAGCUUGAGCGCCAAGGGCGUCCGGGCAGGGCCCUUGCCGUCACCAAUGAUCCCAAGGCCCGGCUUAGGUCUAGGAGUCGGCCGUCAGACGGAACACCCAGCCGCCAAGAUUCAUGGUCCAGAAACGAGCGCGAGGUGCUCCAGACUGCGUGGUCUCAACACCAAGAGGCGCAAGACGAUGAUGAGCCCCCUGCACCGCCCCCGAGAUCUCCAAAGCCCCUUCCGGAUCCGAUGGCAGUCGCUCAACCGCCUCAAAAUGUUGUGGCUCACACGACGGGUGGUCGACCUCUUCCAGACCCUGCCGCGUACAAGGCGGCGACUCAGGCCCCACCCAGCCGAACAGACCGGUUCCUCGCUAGCAACGCCGCGCCGGCCUUACCCGGCGCUAAGCAGACUUACUCUCGCGAGCUGAGCGCUACGGCAGAGCAAGAUGCUGAGGAUCGCCGACGCGCUCAAAGCCAGAAUAAGACCAAGGCAGGAGGCUGGGCGUCCAAAUCGCUCCUCGAGCGCGAAAUGGAGAUGGAGCGUGAGCGUCAGCGUGAAUGGGAAGAAGCUCAGAAGGAGACGGCCAAGGCUGUUCCUGCUGGGAACGGCGUCGACGGUAUUGGCGGUGGCAUCGGAGGCCGCUGGGAUGUCAGCCAGUGGUCUGGUUACACUGGGGGCGACAACCAGAACAAGGGCGCCCAGGGAAUUGGAGCUGGUCGUAGACAGAUUGUCGGACCGAGACCGCUGCCUAAUGUCCCGCGAUAA